ACAACCUCCCCAAAAUGAAGCCAACGAUCAACGCCACGAUGGUAAUUGCGAUCGUUUUUCUCGCCUCGGUGACACAGGCGUACGUGUACAUUAAACCCGACGCAAAAAGCCCAGAUCAGGAGGGUCACUGCUACGAUGAUGCGUUGAAGAUAUUGGUUCCCGUUAACGAAGUGCGCCAGCGGCCCGAGCGAUGUGAGCAGAUGAGCUGUGGCAGUGACUAUUCGCUGCAAAUUGCUGGAUGCGGCGUUAUUGCGGUUGGACCAGGAAUGAUCCUAUCCCAGACGGACUACUCGAAACCCUAUCCGGAGUGUUGUCCUCAUUUGGUAAUGAGUGGGGAAAACAUGGUGUAAGGGUUGAUUUAUGCGCACUAACAUUCACGAAUUGGACGCAAGUUAUGCAUGUUGAAGGGCCACUAGCAGGAGCAAGUUUAAAUACAGCAAUGGAAGCAAUAAAACCCUACGCCAGGUCGUACUGAUCUAGGCCAAC